AGGUGAUUGUAUACUCUACACACCACAGCCCUUAAAGGAAAAUUCACUAUUUAGUCCACUGUUGAUACAGUCCCACAAUGUUUUGCAUGGCAGCAGUCAAGUUUUUAAGAUAUUGAACUUUCAGCAAGCAAAGUGGGACUUGCCACAUCAUCAUGAUGAUGCCAAAUGUAACGUGUGAGUUUCUGGGUGGAUUUUUCCUUUAAGAUUGCUACCUAACAUGUCACUGAAACAUCUGCUUAUUCCUGGCCCUUAUUCCCAUCAUCACAAACAGGCUUGGCGACUCAGAGUUUGGGUGUAAAUUAGAAUAUUCCUUCCAACCCCGAUUUCCUAUCUGGGAUAGGGUAGCACCGGAGGCCCAACGGAGGGAGGGCUGGUGUUGGCCUUGAGCAGGCAGGCAGGGAGACGCAGUGGAGUAGAAGUGUGAGAGUAAACAGCGGCGGUUGCUUGCCUGCACCAGAAUUAGCACACGCAAUGGUGGCUCUCAGAAGGUGCCAUUUUCCAUCUUUCAGCCUCUGUGAAAUGAGGGGAAAUAUUAGUGUGUGUGUGUGUUUUCCUCCUAUGUAAGGCUCAAGGAGUUCUUGAAUGAGAUCCCCUGUUUUUUUCUGCUCCCAGCAUGAGGAAAGAGCCUAGCUAGGGUAGAGGAUGUGGCACAGGUGACAUAAAGCCUACUUAGAGCUGAGAUAGCAUGACAUGAGGAUGUCAGGGGCCCAGUGGCCUCGCCAAUGUAUCACUCAGGAAGAGGGCCUUUUCUUCUGUUUUUGUUUCGCGAGCUCAGGCGGGGGAGGGGAGGGGGUUGGGCGUGUGAGAAAGCAGCCAAUGGCUGAGCUCCCUGCCCCUUGACCUUGUGCAAGAGUGCCUCUUGCAAAGCCCAGCUUCCCUUUCCCCUACGCUUGCUACACAGAGAGAAACAAGAACACACACUGCUCUGCUCGCCCCUCCUCUCCCCCUCUCCCUAGGCCUGCUCUCCCCUCUUCUGUGUCUCACAUCUCUCCCCUCUUUCACCUCUUGCCCCCUCUCUGUCCCUCUCUCCCCUUCUCUGUCCCUCCACUUCCCCUUUCACCCCUCUCCUAUCUGAUCCUAAGAUGGACAACGACAGACCCUGCCUCUCCGAAGACACCAUACAGAUGUAGGGGGGGGAGUUGGGCGUGUGAGAAAGCAGCCAAUGGCUGAGCUCCCUGCCCCUUGACCUUGUGCAAGAGGGCCUCUUGCAAAGCCCAGCUUCCCUUUCCCCUACGCUUGGUACACAGAGAGAAACAAGAACACACACUGCUCUGCUCGCACCUCCCCCUCUCCCUAGGCCUGCACUCCCCUCUUCUGUGUCUCUCUCACAUCUCUCUCUUGCAACUCUCUUGCAACUCUCCCCUCUUUCACCCUCUCUCCCCUUCUCUGUCCCUCCACUUCCCCUUUCACCCCUCUCCUAUCUGAUCCUAAGGUAGACAAGGACAGAGCCUAGCCUCUCUGAAGACACCAUACAGAUGUAGGAUCUUAAUUUGAGCCAGUUUGCUACAGCAGGAAAAUAAUCCUGCAGCAUCAGGAAAUGUGAAUUAUUAUGUGGAUUAUAAUAAAUGGCCAUUUUUGUAGAGGUUGAUACAUUUUUCGUGAGGGAAAAUCAAGUCUGAAAUUUCCAAGUGGAAAUUACAAACUUCAGAAGCCUUUUUAAAGGGUAGGAAGCAUGUGUUUUUACUCACCAGAGUAACUACAGUGUGGUCAAAUACUUAGUAACUUAGUUGUAGUCACGCUCUAUACCUAUAACUACAAACAUAAUUAUAUUUUGGGGUUAUUAUAUAUUCAUAAAUGUAUUUCCAGAUGUCUUUGAAACUACCCACAAUGCAAUAUUUCUCAAAGUCAUGGAAAAUCUACUCUGUGCUACCGAGUUCGUAUGCUAGCUCGGUAGCUAGCUCAAGCUUUCUAACGUUAGCAUCCUCAUGCUCGUCAUUGACUUUGGCUGUGUUAUCUACUGGCAACCCGUAAGCAUGCCUUCUUGCCGUGGGCUAAAAACAAAAUAAAAAAUCAUACCUGCUUGCUCUAUUUGUGUAGUACCUUGUCUGUUCUCAUUUUUGUUUUGGCAUGUUCUCUGUGAAGUAGGCUACGAGAGUUUUGGCUUUUGCUUGUGUAUUUCCCACGCUGACUUAGUUGUAGUCCCGGUGAAGUCCUUGGCCCGGUGAAGCUAACUCAUCAGAUGGGCCCCAGCCAUCAAUCUGUAAGUCUCAGCUCUUGUUUUGCUAUUUUUAUUAUUGUUUAUUUUUUACAAAUUCUUCUCCCCAAUUUCAUGGUAUCCAAUUGGUAGUUACAGUCCUGUCCCAUCUCUGCAACUCCCGUACGGACUCGGGAGAGGCAAAGGUCGAGAGCCGUGCAUCCUCCGAAACACAAUCUAGCCAAGCCGCACUGCUUCUUGACACAACGCCCGCUUAACCCGGAAGCCAGCCGCACCAAUGUGUCGGUGGAAGCGACCGUGUCAGCGUGCAUUGUGCCCGGCCCGCCACAGGAGUCACUCGUGCGCAAUGGGACAGGAACAUCCCUGCCGCCCAUCCCUCCCCUAACCAGGAUGACACUAGGCCAAUUGUGCACCGCCCCAUGGGUCUCCCAUAGAGCCUGGACUUGAACCAGGUUCUCUUAGACCACUGCGCCACUCUGGAGGCCUUCAUUUUGCUUUUCAUCUGCGGUUAUGUUUUAGUUGUUUUGUUAGUUGUGUUCUAGCUGGUCUCCAGUUGUUGGGCUUUGGCUUGGUGGUUGGCUAGGCUAAUAGCUAGUUGGCUAAAUAGCUAACAUUAGCUGGCUGGCUAGCUUGCUGGCUGAGAACUGCAUAUAGGUAACAUUUAUUAAUAACAUUAUUUGACUUAUGCUGUGCUAGCGUAAUGUUAGCAGACUGAUAGGGCUAAAGUUAGCGGGCUAGUUGGCUAGCAACCUUGCAAGUUGAUAUGUAACUACAUUCAUAAAGUAUUUGCUUGUAAGUUGAAACCAGUAGACAUGAGUGCGAACAAUUUGGAUUCAUUUAAAGUUAUACAUUUUAAUUUAUUUCUGUUGGAGUUUACAUUAUAGGGAAUAGGCUGGCAUGCCCGGGUCCUCCAUAUUACACCACACCCCGGAAAAACAUUUUCCGACAUGACUUCCAGCAUUCUGCGGAAUUCUGAUCGGUUUUAUGUAAUAACAAAAAAAAAUGGACUUUCGGAGUGUAUAUUAAUGGUGUAUAUUAAUGCAAAUCUAUAUGUUACAUGUGUUUACAUUUAUGCUUCUUACCCUUUAAACCUCAAAUACACUAUAAGUAAAAUAAUUCCUGAAUGCAAGAAAGUUCUCCUGCAACAGGGUGAUCAAAUUAAGAUCUUACAUCUGUAUGUGUUACGUAACUAUGUAUAUUAGGGAAGAAAAUCACAUCCUCAACAGGAGAAAAAUACACACGUCUCUAAGCCAGACCAAUUCCAAACAAAUGGAAUUGCCUUGUAAAUAUACAUUUCAGUAUGCAUUUGCAAACUUAAUAUGUGCAGUUGCUAAAGAUGUGCAGUUGAUGAACAUCUUAUUAUUUUGUGAAGUUAAACCGUGCUCUGGUUUAAACAGUGGUACAGUAGCUAUCUAGUGAAACAGCAGUGUAGUUGAGCAGUAGAGCAGCAAGUGUCCCAACAGGCAGGCCCGCUGCAGGAUAUUAAUGUCUCAGGCCGUAAAGUCCUCACCCUGGUUGUUUUGUCAAUAACCUAAUCACGGCUUUGUGUUUUUGGUUUCAUUUCUUGGCCUCCUGGAAUACCGAGUGUAAUUCACAGUGAUGUGCUCACUCGCCACCCUUAUUUUAAGACCUGGCCACCAGCCAGAACGUGUUUGAUAAAUAUACACUCAGUUUUUUUUUCCCCCCAGGAGAAGAGAGACCAGUCGGGGAUAAAGGGAAAGUACCUCUGUUUCUCUCUUCCUCUUUUCCUCUCCUUCUCCUUCCUCUCUUUAUAGUAUCUCUCUCUCCUCUCAUCUCUUCCCUGGCCUCUCUUCCAGCUCUUGGUUGUUUGCUUACUUGGUGGGGACAGGUCAGUAUAGUGAGCUCUGUGUGCUGACAUCCCUCCCGUGACCUCCUGUGUGACUGAUUCAGGGGUCAAAGACCGGGCCAAGACUGCUACCAUGGCAAUGAGCCAAGUGAGUGAGGAGUGAGGAGAGGGGAGGAGUCAGGCCUACAGUAUAGUAAUGACAUGUGAUGGAUAGUCAACACCUCUCUCUCUCUCUCUCUCUAUCUCUAUCUCUAUCUCUAUCUCUAUCUUUCUCUCUCUCUCUCUCUAUCUCUAUCUCUAUCUCUCUCUAUGUCCCCACCAGCACCCAGGCCAGAACCUCAGCAGCCUAUCAUCAGCUCAUUGAUCAGGAAGAGAAAAAACAUUUAUCACUGGACAAUCCACAGAUCCACUAUUCCUCUCUCUCCUCCUCCGUGGUUCCCUCCCUCCCAUUCUCCUCAUCACUCUCUUACAACCUUGACUGAAACCAGAAAGCGUCUCUAAUAUCACCAGAGGACAAGGUGCAGAGGAGUGACAUUUCGUCCAGUAGUCAGGGCAUGGUGGAGAAAGAGGCUCUGGGGCCGCUGCUGCUCGAGGCCCUGGACGGCUUCUUCUUUGUGGUCAACCGCGAGGGCCGGAUCGUGUUUGUGUCAGAGAAUGUGACGAGUUACCUAGGUUACGCCCAGGAAGAGCUGAUGACCUCCAGCGUGUACAGCAUCCUCCACGUGGGAGACCACAAUGAGUUCAUCCGCAACUUGCUGCCCAAGAGCCUCGUCAACGGGGUGCCAUGGCCCCAGGAGCAGGGCCGGAGGAACAGUCACACGUUUAGCUGCCGGAUGCUGAAGAGGCCCCCUGACGAGGUGGACUCAGAGAACCAGGAGGCACGACAGCAGUACGACAUCAUGCAGUGUUUUACUGUCUCCCAGCCCAAAGCCAUGCAGGACGAGGGAGAUGACCUGCAGACCUGCCUGAUCUGCAUAGCCUGUCGGAUGCCUCGCCCCCAGCAGCUCCCCGCUAUCAGCACUGAGUCCUUCAUCACCAAACAGGAUCCCACAGGGAAAAUCAUCUCCAUAGAGACCAGUGCUCUGCGGGCGACGGGGCGACCAGGCUGGGAGGACCUGGUCAGGAAGUGCAUCUACGCAUUCUUCCAGCCACAGGGGAAAGAACCCUCCCAUGCCAAGAAGCUGCUCCACGAGGUGAUGACCCAUGGCACGGCCAUCAGUCCUCUUUACCAGUUCAACCUGAGCGACGGGACCCCCCUCAGCGCUCAGACCCGCUGCAAGUUCUGCUGCCCCCCCAAAUCCGACGUUCAGCCCUUCAUCAUGGGCAUUCACACUAUUGACAGGGAACACAACACUGCUAGCUCUCAGGAAAACACUAACUCCAGCCUUCUACUGACCCAUGGGAGCCCUGCUUCCUCCCACCCUUCCCGUUCCCCUGCCCUACCGGCGGGCAUCGAGGCCAGCCAAGCCCCAGGCCCCACCUCUAGCCUCCAUCUCAACAACGGAAACAGCUCCGGCACCACCGCCCCCACCACACCCACCAGCCAUUCAGCAGGGUACCUGACGCCCAACCGGUUGUGUCCUCAGCAGGUCAACAGCCCCUCACCCCUGGGCAGCCCCCUCACAGCCAUCCCUACCUCAUUCAUGUCGCCCAGGCCCCCCAGGGGCAGCCCGGGGCUGGGCGGCAGCCCGCGCGUCCCAGGGAACCCCUUCUCCCCUUCCACUCCUGGCCUGCACUCUCCGGCAGGGGCCUUAGGAGGUGGAGGUGGUGGCGGGGGCGGUGGAAUCCUCAGCAGACAGCACUCUGGUGGGGACGGUGGAUCAGGGACCCCCCUGGGUUUCUCUCUGCCCUCCCCUCUACCUCAGAGGAAGGCCAGCACCCCCACCAGCUCCCCAACGCGCCCUCCCCCCGCCAAGCCCCCUGAGGGAAAAGGAGGAGGUGGGGGAGGAGAGUACCUGGGGGGUAACCCCAAACUCAACCAGCUCCUGGACAAUGGCAGAGUGGGGCCGCCUGGGGACCCCAACAACACCGCUCCUAACACCCACCCCAACACACCCACCUCCACCCCUCAGUGCCCGGCCUCCCACAGCACGCUGACGGAGCGCCACAAGAUCCUCCACCGCCUCCUGCAGGACAGCAGCCCGACCGAGGGCGGCAACGGCAAGGAGUCUGAGAUCAAGAAGGAGCCUCCUGCCAGCCCUGCCACCGCCAACCCCAACGGACCCCCCACCACCCCCCAGGACCACCAGCUGCUGCGCUUCCUCCUGGACACGGAUGAGAAGGACCUGAGAGACCUGCCCCCUCCGGCCGCUCUCAGCCUGCAGACGGUCCGGGUCAAGACUGAGAAGAGGGCCACCGGGGACACUACGCCCUGUGCUGCAGCCUGCGCCAGCCCCAAACCCAAACCCAGUCCUGCAGACAGCAGGCCGCCCAGAGACCCGUUCCCCAGUGGACCUGCUAACCUGGACCCUCUCAGCCAGCUGUUGCCCACCCUCAGGGGCCCCGCUGGGGCCAAGCAGGGCAGUGAGGAGAAGGGUGACCAUCAGGCCCUGUCGUCCCAUAGCCCCCAGACCCAACCUCAACCUCGGCUCCAGUCACCUCCACAGCCUCGGCUUCAGUCCCCCUCCCAACCUCAACCCCAACUUCAGUCCCUUACUCAGGUCCAGCCUCAGAACCAUCUUCAGUCCCCUCUCCAGUCCCCUACCCAUCUCCAACCCCAGAACCAGCUUCAUUCCCCUUUCCAGUCCCCUACCCAUCUCCAACCCCAGAACCAGCUUCAAUCCCCUACCCUACUCCAGCCAAGCGAGGCCAACGUUCCCAGAGCCAUGAGCGUGAAGAGGGAGCCUCCCCGAACACCAAGCCGAGGGCUCACGGAUGUCUCCUCCAGCCUGCAGAACCAGUCACACUUUGACUUCUGCAGCCCCACCACCCCCAGCCAGGGACAGGGACAAGGGGAGCCCUUCCAGACACCGAAAGACAGCAGCAGCCCCUACACAGAGCCUGGACUCAUGAACUCGUUCAACUCCAACACCGGGUUGUCUAAGAUGGAGACGGACUCUCAGCAGUUCCGGCCCCUGGCCCUGACUGACUCUCUGUCCUUUGAUGGAGGCAUGGGAAACCCCGUGCAAGCCUCUCUGGCCUCCCCUCAGGAGCAGUGUGUCCCGUGCCCGCUGGACCAGCUGCUGUGCCCCCCCACCACCCCAGAGGGUCGUAACGAUGAGAAGGCCCUCCUGGACCAGCUGGUGUCCUUCCUGAGUGGGACGGACGAGAGUGAGCUGGCAGAGCUGGACCGAGCCCUGGGCAUCGACAAGCUGGUACAGGGCGGCUGCUUUGACCCCACCCCUCAACGGUUUCCCUCCCAGCCCCCUGCCGCCACCCCCAUCUCCAUGGACCCCAAGCUGCCUGGCUACCCCUCUCAGUUCAGCACUGGCUCCCCUGGCCAGUUCCCUCCAGAGAUGGGGCAGGGUAUAGGGGUCUUUGGGGCACCCAGGGGGGCCUUCCCCGGGGGCAUGGGCAGAGCGCCUGGCGUUGCCAACCAGCUCCGACUGCCACCCAACCAGCUGAGGUUACAGCUGCAACAGAGGCUGCAGGGCCCACAGCAGCUGCAGAACAGGCUGGCUGCCAUGAGCCAGUUCCCAGGGGGAGCUCACGUUACCAUGGGGAUGCGUCAGGGAGUGCAGCAGCCUCAUAUACCCUCUCAGCCUCCUCUAAACGCCCAGAUGCUGGCCCAGAGGCAGCGGGAGCUCUACAGCUUCCAGCACCGCCAGAGGCAGCUCCUGCAGCAGAAGGUCAUGUUGAUGAGGCAAGGCAUGGGGACCGGGGGGCCUAUUGGGGCCACCAGGGGACAAAAAGGACCCCAGCCACAGCAACAACAGUUUAGCUACCCUCCAGGCUACAGCCCCAUGUCAGGAAACCCACCCAGCUCUCCCAGCCUCUUCAAUCCCAUGGGAGGGCCCCUGGACCCCAAGCUGUCGGGUCUGGGCCCCAUGGGCAGCCAUUCAGCCAUGAUGGGUGGGAUGCAGGGACAGUUUGGGGGGGUGAACUCGGCGGUCCAGCCUGGGCUCUUCCAGCAGUUUGGAGGACCGGGUAUGGUCCAGCAAGGAGAACCCUCGUUCCCGCUAGAGCUCAGUCCCACCAGCCCCUUGCUGUCCCCUCAGAACUCCACCUCCCAGAGUCCUCUGCUCCAGCAAGCCCAGCCUCCUCCUGGGUACCAGUCACCUGACAUGAAGAGUUGGCAGCAAGCUGGCAUGGGCAGCAACAGCUUAUUCAGCCAGUCUGGUCAGCAACAGGGGGUCUACAACAACAUGAGUAUCACCGUGUCAAUGGCAGGAGGCUCAGGGGGUGUGGGCUCACUACCUCCCAUGGGACCACCCGUUGGCCUGGGCAACAGUAACCUUGGCAACUCCAUGUGUAACGAUCAGGUACAGCAGGUUCAAGUGUUUGCCGACGUCCAGUGUACGGUGAACCUGGUGGGCAGCGACUCCUACCUAAACCAGCCGGGGUCCAUAGGCCCCCAGAAAGGACCCCAGGGGCCUCAGAGCAGCCAGUCCCAGCAGAAGAGCCUCCUCCAGCAGCUCCUCACAGAGUGACUCCUCAGCUCAGCUGCCUGCCAGCGGAAAGGUUCUCCAUAGACCACCACAACCUCUUUUCUUUUUCACCUUUGGUUUUAGACAGCUGCCUGCUGGACUGGUUAGGAAGGCCCUGGGAGGGAGACUGAGGUCCAGGUAACAGCGUGUCUGUCUACCUGCCUGACAGCCUCAGCCCGUACCGUAAGACCGCAACGAUCGUUCAGCACUCAUUCCUGGUUACAUACUUUCAACACAAAGUCUGCUUCCUGUUCUGUGAAAGGAAUCAGGUUCCGGUUUUGCCAAGUCGUCGCGGUCGUCAAAACAUGACCUGGUUCCUUAUUGGCCCGUUCCAUCAGGCCGUCGCAGCAGUACGUUUUGGGAGUGCGAGCAGCGUGCAGCUGAGCUCAGCUUUGGGUGGUUAACCCGUCGUCUCGCCUUUUUGCCUCGCGCGGGGCAGGUGGGGCGAUGUUGUGGGGACAACGUUUUAAGAAUGUUAGGUUUUUAACCUCUGCAAUGGAAAGCUCAGUUUCAGCUGGAUCUGUGACUGACUGGCUCUCUCCACUGCAGUGCCUGAUGGGAGGAAGUUCCCAGCUCUCGUUUUUGUUUUUCUGUUCUCGUCAUCUGCGUCGUCAGGACAACAAGCAUCACGGCCAGGAUGGGAUGGGAGACUGCUCUGCUCUGUUCAGUUGGCAACACUGUCUUUCCUGGGAGGGCAUUUUCUAACUACCUGACUGUCAAACUUAACUGUCUGUCCUACACAUUUUUCUCCCCAGCGUCUGUGAAUACAAGCCACAAUGGGCUCUCUUUGGCCUGUCAGUGUUGUUUUUCCAUGUAGAACCGUGCAGCUGGGUAGUAUUGUCCAGCAAGGAUGAGAUGAAUUCACACUAUCUACUUUCCUUUCAAAAGCGUAAUUUAAUUACUCUAAAAAGCAACUGUCAUUUUGAGCUCAAACUAUACAUUGCGAUUCAUUGCAGGUUUUUACCCCCCUUUUUAAAAAAUUGCAGCGUCUAAGAUGUCAGUUAUGUUUUAAGGCGACAUUUGGCAUUAUGAAAAUGUAACACUGCUAAAUGUUGUGGUGGGGAACUGUCUCUGUAUUCUGUAAUGUGAAAAAAGAAAAUCUUGGUAUAAGAAUUUUUGCGAUUUGAUUUAGAAAUGGCUAGCUCUGCUCUUUUGGCAUCCCAUUGAAUGUUUCAAUAUUCUUAAAUUAACCUCAAAACAAACAGGAGUGGAUUAUCAAUAUCACACAAAGACAUGAAUAUGUUGUAGCUAGUAACAGUAGAAUUUCCUCACUAAGAAGUGAUGGAUGUUGAAUGGGGUGUUGUCUUGGAAACACAGCUCUCUCUCUCUCUCUCCGACUCUGCCCGUGAUGAUGUCACUCCACUGGCCGCACACUACAGCUCUUUUUGACUGCUCAUGUGACCUACUGUUGCCCAGUCAGACACUGUCUAUCAGCGCUAACCUCUGUUGAUAUUUACUAUACACAUUCAUUCACAUAAAGUCCUGCCAACAAACACAAUGUUUUUAUAGGAGUAAACAAGAACCUAUUAACAAGCAAUAACCAUAAUUGAAGAGACAAAAUAAAUGUUUUGCGGCGUUGUAAUGAUAAUGAAAAAUCAAGUCUACUUUGUCUUCUCUGCUCUAUCCCGGGUACCUGUAUUUCUGAUUAACAAGGCUUUCUAAAGGAUAACUGUUAUUAUCCAACUAGAUGUCUCACUGCUGUGUAUAUACAAGGUAUUUCACAAGGUGUGCAACAUUACCCGAGCACAGCUAAUAACCGAGGAGGGUUAGGGAUGAUCAGUUGAAAUAGCAUGUAUGAUCACCAUCCUCCUCCGGAGACCUCAAACUGAACACCAACUCAAACUGAACGCCAAUGUUCUAUGAUUUGUGAAUCACUUUAUGUACAGUUUCAAUGGUGUCUGUGUGCGUGUGCUUUAUACUGUACCCAAACAGUGGCUCAGGCGUCCUCACCAUACAACUCAAAUUCAAACUGAAAAUGGGAUCAUUUUGUGUGAUGUCGAUUACAGUUGACAUGAAAAGCUGGUAGCAAUUUCCAAUUUGAAUACUUUUACAGAAAAAAACAUUUGUGAAACAGAUAUACCUUGAUUUUACAUACCAAUUGUUCCUGUGUAUUUUAAGAAACUUAAAAUGUUGCUUUGCUUUUACCCUAUUUAAUAUAUAAUUAAAUGAGGUAUUUCAGUGUCCUUCUCUUCUGAUAAUGUUACAUUUUUCUUUUCUAUUUGAACGGGCCGUGGGUUAACAGUUAGUAUUUAUCAAGGUUAAAGCCAUUCCUCAGCCACUGUUUGGUUCAUGUAAAUUAACAUACACUUUACAAAACACACGGAAGAAACACAAAUGAACAACAGAAUGUUUGUGGAAGGAUUUCAUUUGUUUUCAGUAUACGUGUACUAUAUGGGGUACCAGCUAAAGGUUUCACACUCACAGAAGUAUUACAAAGGAUAACGUGUUUGUUUUUUUUCAUCUUCACAUUCUCUCCAGCCUUUGCUCCUCAUUGAGGAACAGGCAUUUCUGUAUGGAUAGUGGUAAUAGAGCUGCAUCAAAUGUGGAAGUUAAUCCGAUCUGUUAAUAUCAACUGUUUAGCAUUUGGGAUAUAAUAUGCCAAAUACAAAGCACCAUUAGACAACGCUCAUUAACAAACAGACAUUACUUUAAGCAAGACCUGCUCAAUGGCAAAGACAGUCCAUUCAGUACAGGUACAAGGUAAAUAUUUGAACUGGUUCUUCAACAUGUUAACAUGUAUAUAACAGACAAUGUGAAUAUGUAUUUGUUCAGAAUCAACAAAAUGUAGUGCUCCAAGUUUGUGGUAUUAACUACUCGCUUCCAUUUUAUUUUACAUUUUUUCAUUUUGAUGUAUAUGACUGAGUGUGUGUAUGUAUGUGAUUAAUACUGUGUAUCUGGUGUUAAGAUGGAAACCGAUUAUGUCCUGAUUUGAUUUCUUCUUCUUUUUAGAUACCUGCAAGUUUUCCUGUGGGUGUUUUUCAGAUUGCUCUUUAUGUGAGGGAAUGGUUUAGCGACUGCUGAAUGUGAUUUUACUGAGAGAGAAGCAGCAUGGAUUGGCUUUUGUACGGGUUCAUUUUAAAAGGCCAUAUUAUUUAAUUUAUCUGUUAUCAAAAAGUUUAAACAGAUCUGAGAAAGUGGAACCUUGGAUUCUGAGAAGCAUGGCUUCGGUAGUUAAGUGGGCUUUUGUAGAUCGCCUGAUGUAGUUUUUUGCAUUGUCAGAAGUAAUGACCAAAGCUUCAAGAUGUUUAAUUCAUAUCAUAUGCAAGCCUCAUGCAAUUGGAUGAGACAAAAUGUAGCGUUUGUUAAAUUUUCUAAAAUGAAAUAGUCUCAUACCUAUACAUACUAGCUCUUCUUUGACCACAUGACUAAUUUGUGGUAGUUUGUGCUUUGCCUGUUUGUCCUUUAUUUCCUUUUUGACACGUUUUGUCCUAAGAUACUGACAAGUGACCUAUCAGCUAUAGUAUUUUUAUGUAACUUGUAUUCUUUGGAAUUUCCCAAAGUAUGAUCAGUUAGAAACUUAUUCUCCCUGUUGCCAUUGACUCCUAGCAAAGAUGCAAAAAGUAUUGUAUGGCCUGACGUGCUGUCAUUGUUUACAGGAAGAGAGAACGUUGCAACAGCUAGCUAUGCACCUUAGCGAAAAGCAUUUAUUUCACACUGAUUUAAGUAUUCAAAGCCACACUAGAAUCUGAAUCAAUUAUUUAAAUCAUGGUAUUUUCAGUCAUUAGUUUCUUGAAGAGAAGAAAAAAAACUACCUAACUUUCGUUUUUUUUUAACUUAAACUAGUGUUGUUGAUAAUUGUCUGAUCUAUCAACUGAAUCUCAUUAAAAAAUAUUAAUGUAUUUAGCUGAAUACUUUAUACCAAAUUUGAGGUGCCUCUUGUAUAUAUUUUCUGCAUAGAGGACUGCUCCUCGCUGUUUGAUGAUAAUGUUAAUGAGGAUUUUCUUAUCUUUACCUUUAUAAAACAAGUUUGCUGUAUUUUACAUUACUUUUUUACUAAAUAUCUAAAUAUUCCAGGAAUUUGCAAGAAAUACAAUCUAGUUUUGCACUUUAUAUCAGAAUUAUUAAGAGGAAACAGGCCAUCAUGAAUACUGUUCAAAUCAGAUUACUAUUUCCCGAUUAGGAAGAAAAAAAGGAAAUCCUCUGAAUGUAUUAGAAAGUAAAAUAUUGAUUUGACUUUUCUUUAGUAAUCCUAGUCAUUUCUCAGGUUCUUAAAAACAAAGAACUUGGUUGUAUAGCAGAUCAAUAUGAUGACUAAAGAGAAGUGUACUUUCUCUACUACUAAUCUAUGUAGUUUCAGUUCACUCUGCCACAGAUCCUCAAUCUAAACUAUGCGUAUCUUCUUCAGGUGAUCCACUGCCCCUUCCCUUGGCCAUCAGCUAACUAACGCGCUUACACUCAUACGUCUUGUCUUGCAGCAGCUUCAACUGUUCAAAACAUUCCCCCUCAGCUAUGCUCCCUGCAAUUAUUGUACUCUGCUAUAUAGUGUAGCAUCAGUUCUAUUCAUUAUGUUUCUAGGCUUAGUAAUACCUACCAAGCAGUAACAGCCCUACAUACGUUUACUGCUAUCACUUUUGCAUUUCUUCGCCACCUUAUCACAUACUGUCUAAUACAGAAGUAACAUCCUUAGACAAGAGUACUGCACUGUACCCUACACAGAUAUUACCUCUCAACUGUUAGAUUAUUGGAGCAACUGUUUGCUGAUGAUGUUUGUCAAGUAUUAUAUGUGCUGCCUUAUCGAGACUGAAGUUGGUUGUGGUUGGAGAACUCAAAAGCUUGUAUCUCGCCACUUAUAAGGGCAAUGAUUUCUCAUUGAAACGAGGUUCCACUUUUUCCCCUGUAAAAAUAAUAUAAAUAUAUGUAUAUAUAUAUAUAUAUAUAUAUAUAUAUAUAUAUUUGACACAUUUUGUCCAGUUAUGUUUAUUAUACUUGUAUAAACUUGUUUUUAAAGAGGCAUCGGAGCAGCUGUGUAGGACAAUAUGAAUGAAGUAUCUGGAAGAAUUAUGCAUGUUUUUAUUUCUGUGUCCAGGUGUAAUACCUGGAAUAAAUCCUACCUUUUCUUAGGACAUUGUAGACAAUCAGUCUCAGGCUGGGUCCAGUACCUACAGGGGGUCCCCCCUGUAGGCUGAAAAACAAACCGUUUUUGCAUCUACUGAAAUGUCUUAUUUGUCUGUCCGUUUUUUUGGGGAGGUAUGUGGCUGCUCAGACUGGGAUUAGUUCAAAGUUUACACACUUCUACACAUACACCUCGUGCGUUCGGUCCCUCUGUUGCUUUUCCAAGGUGAAGAUGCUGACCUUGAAAGUAAAUGAUGCUUUGACUAACAAAUCUAUAACAUCCAUGAAUGUGAGAAUGCAACACAUCGCAAUAAAAGCACCGUGUAAAACAG